CGAGUCAUCCAUUUUGUUUUUCGGUAGCUGUCAACAUGGCUACACGUGUGUCAAUUCUACAUUUGCUCCUGUUACUAUGGGGGGCGACUGUUGUUCAUGGGGAACCAAUGUUACAAGUUGGGAUGGGUCAAGCCCAAACCCAAACCCAAUCACCUGCGUUUGGUAUGGGUGGUAUGGGUGGUGGCAUGGGUGGUAUGGGUGGUUUUGGUAGUAUGGUACAAGGAAGUCAUCAGAUUGGUAUGCAGACCCAACCACCUCCAAUGAUGGCCCCUGUUACUCCACCCAUGAUAACUGGUGGUGGUGGUGGGGGUUUUGGUCAUAUUGGUUCACAAAUGGGCUCCCAGUUCGUGCAACAAUAUCCAGCGAUACAACCUCCGAUAAUGGGUGGGGGUAUUAAUCAGAUAGGAAUGGGAGGUAGUAUGGGUAUAGCAGGAGGUGGUAUGGGUAUAGGAGGAGGUGGUAUGGGAGGUGGGAUGUUUGGUGGUAUACCUCCUGAAUGUCUCCCUCAGUUUUAUCCACCUCCAACCAUGCCUCCACCUUCCUUACCCCCAUUUAUCCCACCUAGUUUUAUACCUCCUACUCCUUCUCUUACACCUUUCCCACCUCCACCCCCGACGUUCCUACCCCCACCACCUUCAUUCCUACCUCCACCCCCAUCGUUUAUACCACCAUCGAUGGCACCACCACCAUCAAUGGCACCACCACCGGUCAUCGUGUGCUUCGACACAAGAUACCUACAACUCAUGAGUCCUGAAUUCGAGAUGACCCUGAUGCAGUUCCUACAAUCACCACCACCGGGUCUCCCACCAUUGACGUUAACCCCCAUGGGUGGUAUGGAUAUGAGUAUGAGUAUGAUGUAUGGUCAGCAGCAUAUGGAAGAUGAAUACGCACCGUACACGUAUAUGGACACCUCGACGGAUGCAGACAGUGGUGAGAACCGGAAGCAGUUCCUACCACCAAUGAGUGGUGGUGGGGGUUACGGGGGGUCAAUGAGCGCGAGCGAUAUGAGUGCGCAAGCCAGUAUGGCGGCUAGUCAUCAAUCCAUGAUAGGAUAUGGUGGGUAUGGAAGUGGGUAUGGAAGUGGGUAUGGUGGUAGUGGUAUUGACUGGGCAUCAUUAGUUGGAGGAGCAGGAGGAGGGUAUGGAGGGGGAAUGGGUGGGGGCAUGAUAGGUUAUGGAGGGGGGAUGAGUCCAGUGGGAGGUUUCGGAGGAGGAAUGGGAGGUUACCCAGGAUCAUUGGGUGCUCCCAUUGGAGGUUUUGGACCAGGAAUGGGUGGUAGCCUAGGAGGUUUCGGAGGAGGAAUGGGAGGUUACCCUGGCGCUUUGGGUACUCCCAUUGCAGGUUUCGGACCAGGAAUGGGUGGUAGCCUGGGAGGUUUCGGAGGAGGAAUGGGAGGUUACCCAGGAGCGUUAGGUGUUCCCUUGGGAGGUUUCACAGGAGGAAUGGGUGGUAGCUAUGGAGGUUAUGGUGGAGGAAUGAGUACAGUAGGUGGUGCAGGUGAUUUUAUGAUGCCUUAUAGUCCUUAUACUUCCUACCAAUAUAAGAAAUAAAUAAGUUGCAGUGUUAUCAGAAGCAUAAAAUAUAUUAUGUCAGCAUCGAAAA